AGCCUAAAUCCUGCAGAUGUUCAGCUAUAUCAUUCUAUGGAGAGUUUCUGAUGCCGAAUUCAUUCAACCAUGGGCAAGGAGAGUAGUAUGCCCAUCGUUAAGUAUCCCAGGACAGUUGAUCCUCUUUGGUAUGAAUGGGAUAGGAAGGCCCAAAAGUGUGGAUUAAGGCAUACCGUUUAUGCCGUCAAUGGAGAUAGCUACACAGGGGAAUGGCAGGACAAUCUAAAACACGGCAAAGGCACGCAGACGUGGAAGAGGACAGGCGCCAUCUACAGCGGGGACUGGAAAUUUGGGAAACGGGAUGGGUACGGAACAUACAGCAUUCCUGAGCCCGUGACAAAAGAUUAUAAGAAAGUGUAUUCGGGCUGGUGGAAAAAUGACAAAAUGUGGGGGUAUGGAAUUAAAUUUUACUUGGAUAGAGAAUAUUACGAAGGGGAAUGGAGCUUUGGGAAGAGAGACGGCUGGGGACGGAUGUAUUACAAGGACGGCUCCAUCUACGAAGGCCAGUGGUCUGAGGAUAAGGCAGGAGGACAAGGGAUGCUGCGCUUGAAAAAUGAAAACCGAUACGAAGGUUCCUGGAAGGAUGGGAAGAAACACGGCCCAGGAAAGUUCAUCUACUUGGACACAGGGCAACUUUAUGAAGGCUUCUGGGUAGCAGACACCCCACGGUGCGGGACCAUGAUUGACUUUGGCCGCGACGAAGCUCCUGCACCAACUCAGUAUCCAAUUCCAAAGAUUGAACUGGUAGACCCAGAGGGCGUGUUAGAAGAAGCUGUUGUGACGUUAGAAAAUGCUGAAGAAUUGAAUUCCCAGCCUCAGAAAGAAAGAUGACAGCUGCCAAGCUUGUGCGCCAGAGUUGGUUCCUUUUCAGUCCAAGAUGCUGUGCAGCAAUAUACAACGUGUGCCCUCCCCAAAAGUUGUCAUUCCCACAUAGAUCUCUGGUGCCUCACUCAGCUUUUGGCCGGCUCUUCAUUCUCUAUUUCUGGUUAUGCAAGAGCCUUUUGUUCACUAGUUUAAUGGCGGUAGCGACCUGGAGAGAAGAA